AUGUCUAAUAUUCCACAACCAGAUACUUUGAAACCAGUUUUAGCAACAACCCCAUUAUUACAUCUAAUACCAAAACAAAAUUUAAGUCCAUUAAUAAAUUUAUCACUGUUAGCACCUGUUAUUGACGCGUCAGUUUUUGCAAGACCAACAUAUAUAGAACAAUUUGUAUCAAAAGAAGCAAAAGAUUUUGAAUUGGAAUGUCAAAAUGAAUUAUUAGAAUUUGAAGAUGAUGAAUUAGAUGAUAUAAAAUUUAUAAAUCAUGAUCAUGAAUCAAGAAAUGAUGACUCUCAUCAACCUCCAGAAUAUUCCGAAUUUGAACUUGAAUUAUUGAAAAAUGUUUCAAAGAAAACAAAGGAAAACACAUUGCAUGAAGAAGAAGAUCUUGUACCAACUACUAGAUUAUCAGUUCGAAGUCAAAUUCCUAUUGAUGAUGAUUCUUAUUCUCAAAAACAUAACUUUAAAUAUUUUACAAAAUUUCAAAGACAAAGUGGAUCCUUUUUUGACAAGAAUACAAUUAAUCAAUUACAUGAUAGUGAAGAUAUAACACCACCGAUUAAUAUACCACAUGUGCCUCCAGUAAUUGAACAACCAAUUUCCAAUGUACAUGUUUCAAUUUUCGAUCAGUUUAUACAAGAUGGUCCAUCCAAGAUCACUUGGGAAAGAACAGCACUUUUAUGUGAUUCACUACAUAAAACUGAAAUCUUAAAAAAGGAAGAAAAUUCAAAUUUAAUUCAAAUUGAAGAAUUAUUUUCUCAAGCUUUAAGUGAUAUAGUUGAAAAUAGUAAAAAAUUAGAUAAUUUAGAUGAAGUUGGAUCUUUACUACCUAAUUUAUUAGUUGGAGUAUUUGCAUCAAAAGCAAUUAUAAUGAUUACGAAAUUCCAAAUUGAAAAUCAAACCAAAACAUUUGAAAAAUAUAUUUCAAUCAUUGUUGAUACACUUGAAAUCAUGUACAAUAAUUUUUUAACUUCUCUUAUAAUUUUAUAUCAAGAUACAACUGAUCUGUUUACAGAGAAAUCAAUCACUAAAUUAGUGGUUGAAUUUAGUAAUAGAUUGAAUCAAUUAAAUUCAUUAAAAACAAUUAUUUCAGAUCAAGUUUUAACAAAACUAGAAACUUUAUGUAUGUCAAUUUCAUUUAGUAAUAACAUCAAUAAUUCAGAAAAAUUCGGAGUAAAAUUUCCAAUUCAUAAUCUUCAACAAAGCGCUGCAAAUUGUUUAGUUAGUAUUUUUAAAGAUUACUCAGAUCAAAGACAGGGAUUACUACUGAAUAUACUUAUUGAUUUUUCUUCAUUAGAAAUUAAACGACAAAAUGCAAAAAAUCAUAAAACUGGAAGACAUUUUCCAAUUCAAUUAUUUACCAAGAUUGUAAAUGAUUUUGCUGUAUUAGAAGAUCCUCCAACUAAUGUAACGGAAUUAGUAAGCUCGGAACUUAUCAAAAAACUACAAGAAAAUCCAUCAGAAAAUAAAUUGAAAUUUGAUAUUUUUAUUGAUGAUUUAUUUGACCUUUUACCAUUUCCAGAAUUUCCUGCUUCAGAUAUUUUCAUAUUUUCUAUAAUUGACUUAUUAAUGCAAACUUUAGAUAUGAAGGAUGAACCUAUUGCUGGUGAAGUACAACUUUUAGAUUGUUUAGUCAAUAUUUGUGAAAGAAUUUUGAAUCAAAAAUAUGAAAAAGAUAUGUUUCUUGAUGAAGAAGCAUUAAAAUUAAUUUUAGGAAAUUCGUUAGUUUAUGACUCCACUAAAGCAUCUUAUGAAUAUUUAAAAACAAGACUUGAAAGACUCACAAAUAUCAUUUUAGAACAAGAGCCAAUAAAACAUAAAAAUGAAGAACCAAUAGAACCAUAUAGAGCUAUGGUUCUAAGUAGACUUUCACAACUUGUCCUUACAAAAUAUUACAAUUUCAUUGUACGUCAAUUAAAUAAUUCAAAAGCUAAAGUAAGAGCUAAAUCAUUGAAAGGUUUACAAAUGUUUUUACAAGAAUUUCCUCAAUUAUUAGCAACACAAGAAAUUAUGAAAUCUUUAACUGAUAGGUUACAUGAUUCAGCAAUUUCUGUUAGAGAUGCAAUGAAUGACUUUUUAGGUGAAUAUGUAAAAAAGAACCCCACGGAAGCUGAAAAAUUAAUUAAUCCAUUAUAUUUGGCAUUAGAUGAUCCUGGAAUAUCAGUUAAAAAGAGUGCAAUUAAAUCUUGUUUACAAAAUUUUAAUUUUGUUGGUAAAUUAGCAAGAUUAAAAAUAGUUAUUAAAUUUUUAGAAAGAUCAGGAGAUGAAGAAGAUGGAGUUAGAAAUGAAGCUAAAUCUGCUUUAUUGGAAAUUUUUUUUAAAGAAAAAGAAGGAAUAAAUGAAUUGAUUGGAGUUGCUAAAGAAAGACGUAGUUUAUUGAAAUCAUUUUUAGAACAAAAUUUUGAAAAAGUUCCUGCUGAUACUGUUACUGUUUUAGUUGAUGUUGCUAUAAAUUCAGAUAAUUCUGAAGAAAUUGAAGGAGCUUUUAACGCAAUUGCUAUAAUUGCACAAUUCAAACCUGAACUAAUAACUCAAGAUAUAUUAUCUGAUUUAAAACCUAUUUAUUUGGACACAGACCACAUCAAUACGCCUGCUUAUACUAAUGCACUUUUAAUUUUAAAAUCAUCAACUUCAAAAUUAACUUCCAUACGGCCAGAAUUAUCUUUAGAUCUUCAAAACUUUUUAUAUCACAAACUUAUAUUUUUCCAAUCUCAUGAUAUUUCAUUAGCAGUUCAAUCAUUAGCAAAUCUAGGCAGAUUAAGUUCUACAGAAAUUAAAGGAGUUACAGCAGUAAUAUCAGCAAUGAAAAUCAUUAGAGAAUAUCAUGAUCGAAAAACUUAUGAAAAAAUAUUUAAACAUUUACAAAUAUUAGGAAAUUUUGGGAAAUAUUUUCCUUUACAAAAAUUUAGAAAUGAAUUUGUUUCAGAAGGUAUAGUACCUUCAAAUUAUCCAUCAGUAAUGUCAAUACUUAUAAGAUAUAUAAUGGCUUUUAUACCUGAUAAAUUUCCUAGAGCAUUAAGAAAAUAUGCUUUCACUAAUGUUUUAUUAGCUUGUUCUAGUGUACCUAGAUUUUUUGGUGAAAUUCCAAUAUUAAAUAUAAUUGAAACUGCUUUAACUAUGGAUGAUGAAAUUAAAUUUAAUGUUAUUAAAGCAAUUACUGAAUUUAUUAAUGAUAAUGGUGAAAAAAUUGAAUCAACUGAAUUUAAUUCAAAAGAUCUUGAACAAAAACUUAAAGAACUGGGUUAUAAUGCAUGUGAGAUUUUAGUUAGUAAAUUUUUUGAUAAAAUUGGUAAUAUAAGUUUAAGUUCAUCAUCUAAUGAUUUAUCAGAAAUAGCAUUUGUAUUUGUUAGAAAAGCAUUGAAAUUAGAUUUAAUUCUUCCUAUGAAAGGAAUCAAUAUAAUUAUUGCAUUACAUGGUUCAAAAGUUUUAAGAAUACAACAAUCUGCAUCUAAUUUAUAUUCAGAAUUGUAUGAUAAAAAUAAAUCUGUUGUUGAUACUCAAUUAAUUUCAGGUAUAAAAUUAGCUUUUGAAAAUAAUUUAAUUGCAAAUAAUUUAAUUUCAUUACUUUAUAAUAAAAAUCUGGAAACAAAAAGUUCAAGAAAUAAAUUUAUAAAAUCUAUAUCAAAAUUAUAUUCAAUGAAAUCAAAACCAAAAUUAACAAAACAAGAAUUGUUGUUCCUAGUAUUUUUAACUGAAAGAAUUUUUCAAAUUAAAUUUAAAACUAUUGGAGAAAUUUAUAUUAUAUUAGAACAAUUAUAUUCAAAUUUACAAUAUAAUGUUCCUGAAUUUAUGUCGGAUGUUAAUUCAAAUGGUGUUCAAAAAGAUGAUUUGUACAAGGGGUUAUUAAUUCAUUUGCUAUUAGAGUUUUAUGAUUAUUUAUCCAUAACAUAUAAUAUUAGCUUUGAUAAUAUAGAAGCUUUUUCAUCUAGAUAUUUAGAAGCAGAUUUAGAUCAAGCUCCAAAAGUCAUUAAAUCGGCACCAGAGAUUCAUUUCGAAUGGAUUUUUGAUCAUGUGGAUGAUAUUAAAUCGCUAGAAAGAGCUGCAUUUAUUGCAAAUAAAUCAACUUUUAAUCCUACCUAUAUAGAUAAUUAG